CUCACAUAGCAAUAAGAAUUGAUGAUUGGUCGGGAAAGCAGGAUGCCUUCUUUGCUGAUCACUUGACUGCUUCAAGUUUACCUCUUGCAUGUACAUGCUAUCUCAUUGACAUAGAGUUAGUUCUCACUUCCCUUUCAUGAUCAGCUACUCUGCCUGCUUAUAUUUCCUUUCAAAAAUCAAUGUUGCUCAACCAGGUUGCCAAAGAGCGCAUAAACCAAGUAAUAACUUGUGCUGGAGAAAAAGAUUUUCCUGAUGUGUCUACAGACCAUCUGCUGAAUGAGACAGCACUACCAACUGCACAACAUAAAGUUCCACCAUCUUGGUUUGAAUUUUUUAACCGAGAGCUAGUACGCACAGUUUCUUUUGCUGAGCACGAGGCUUUUGACCAUCCAGUGGCAUGUCUUUUGGCUGUUUCCUCGAUGGAUGAAGACCCUAUCGACAAAUUUGUGGAUCUUUUUAAUACCAACCAGUUGCCAGCUCUUAUUAAUGAUGGUGCAAUGGACCCAAAGAUUCUUAAGCAUUUUGUAUUGGUGCAUGAUAACCAAGAUGGCAUGUUAGAGAGAGCAACCAAAGUUUUGACAGAAAUGAGGACUACAUUUGGGGCAAACAGUUCCUGCCUGUUGUGUGUAAACUCCUCUGAAGAUGGUCUGAUAAAGCAUCAAGAAAACCCAUGGGUAUCUUAUAAAAAUGAUGGUUCAAAACUUCCCCAGCUUGGCUGCUUCCUCAGUUUAGAUGAUAUGGAUGAGUUGAAAAAAACUAUGCAAGAUCUGUCAUCUAAACACAUCAUUCCUUAUAUGGAGCAAAAGAUUCGUGUUCUGAAUCAGCAGGUUUCUGCUACAAGAAAGGGUUUCAGAAACCAAAUUAGAAACCUAUGGUGGAGAAAAGGGAAAGACGAUGUUCCUGACCACCCCAAUGGUCCAGCGUAUGCUUAUAACUCCAUGGAAUUUCAAAUAAGACUUUUGGGGGACUAUGCAUUCAUGCUAAGAGAUUAUGAGCUUGCUUUGUCAAACUAUAGACUACUUUCAACAGAUUAUAAACUUGACAAAGCAUGGAAACACUAUGCUGGCGUUCAGGAGAUGAUGGGGCUAACUUACUUCAUGCUGGAUCAGUCAAGAAAGGAUGCUGAAUAUUGCAUGGAAAAUGCAUUUAGCACAUAUUUAAAAUUGGGGUCAUCUGGUCAGCGAAAUGCCACACGCUGUGGUCUUUGGUGGGUGGAAAUGUUGAAAGCAAGAGAUCAGCAUAAAGAUGCUGCCAGCAUUUACUUCCGAAUCUCUGGUGAGGAGCCUCUACACUCUGCGGUAAUGCUUGAGCAAGCAUCUUAUUGUUAUAUGUUCUCUACACCACCGCUGUUGCGAAAGUAUGGAUUCCAUCUCAUUCUAGCAGGUGAUCUUUACAAGAAAUGUGAUCAGAUAAAGCAUGCAAUUCGAACAUACAGAAGUGCUCUUUCUGUUUUUAAAGGAACCACAUGGAACCACAUCAAGGAUCAAGUGCACUUCCAUAUUGGAAAGUGGUAUGCAUUUCUUGGAAUGUUCGAUGUGGCGAUGGAGCACAUGCUUGAAAUUUUGGCCUGUGGUCAUCAGUCAAAGUCAACGCAAGAGUUAUUCUUGAGGGAUUUCUUUCAAAUAGUUCAGAAUACAGGGAAAACAUUUGACGUUUUGAAACUUCAGUUGCCUGUUAUCAAUGUCAAUUCCAUUAAAGUUGUCGUUGAAGACCAUCGAACUUAUGCAUCAGAGGCAGCGACAAGUGUUAAAGAAGGUAUCUGGCUAUCUUUGGAAGAGGAUAUGAUUCCGUCAUUGUCUUCUAUGAGAAAUAACUGGUUGGAAUCACAUGGCAAGAACUUCCCUCAGAAAUAUAAAGAUUCAAAUGUCUGUGUUGCUGGAGAGGUUAUUAGAGUAGAUGUUGAAUUGAAAAACCCACUUAAAAUUCCUAUUUCAAUCUCUAGUGUCUCACUCAUAUGUGAGCAUUCCUCAAGAUCCGAUGAAAUGAAUUCUGAUUUGAAUAGUUCAAUUGAUAAUGACCAAUUGAGAAAGCUUGCCAUCAAUGGGAAGUGUAGUGCUGAGGCAUCUUCAUUGCUGUCCUCUGAGAUUGAUCUACGGCUAGGUGCUGGUGAAACAAUAGUGGCGCAAUUAAGUGUUAUUCCCAACACUGAAGGCAUUCUUGAAAUAGUUGGUGUGAGGUGGAAGCUCUCCGGAUCAGUUUCUGGAUUUUGUAAAUUUGGUUCUGAUUUACUGAAAAAGAAAUUUGCCAGAGGGAGGAGGAGAUCUAAGAAGUCUUCGGGCAGUUAUCUUAAGUUUUUAGUGAUCAAGAGUCUUCCCAAGCUUGAAGGUGUCAUUCAUCACCUACCUGAAACAGUUUAUGUUGGAGAUAUGCGACGUCUGUCUCUGGAGUUAAAGAAUCCAUCAAAUUCUCCUUUGAAGAAUUUGAAGAUGAAAGUUAGUCAACCAAGAUUUCUUAAGGUUGGAGAUCAAGAGGUUAUGCAGAUGGAAUUUCCUUCUUGCCUGGAGAAAAGGGGAAGCUCUGGAGAUGGUCAUGUACCUAGAAAGACUAGUAAAGCUUCGCGGAGUCUGUAUUCAUUUCCUGAGGACUUGGUAGUUUGUGGUGAUGAUCCAUUACAGUGGCCUCUGUAUCUUCGGGCUGCAGCCCCUGGAAACCUUUCAUUGUACAUAUCAAUAUACUAUGAGGUUGGAGAUGCUUCAAGUACCAUGCAUUAUCGCAUUCUACGUAUGCAUUUUAAUUUAGAGAUACUGCCUUCAUUGGAUGUAUCCUUCCAUAUCAGCCCACGCCCAUCAAGAUCACAAGAGUUUCUCGUGCGGAUGGAUGUAAUCAACAGGACGAGUUCUGAAAGUUUCCAGUUUCACCAACUUUCUUCUGUUGGAAAUGAAUGGGAAAUUUCAUUGCUUCAACCAAUGGAUACUGUUUUUCCUUCUGAUUUUCUAGUGGCUGGUCAAGCGUUAUCAUGUUUUUUCAAGCUUAAGAAUUGCAGGAAGUGGGUAAAUGCUGAAGAUGAUCCCUCUUCUCUUGUCCCUUUGGAGAAGGCAGAUAUUAAAUUGGUCCAUGGAAAUGGAGAAGCGCUUUUUGAUACAUCAAGGUCACCUUUAGUCGAUUUUCACCAUUACGAGAGGGUGCACCAAGGAACUUUAGAGCAGGAUCACCAAACUAAGGUCGACUUCAUAUUGAUAUCCCGUUCUCGCAGAGAUGACAAAUCUGCAAUUGAUCUUUUCUCUCAUCAUGCAUGUGAUUGCAGUGUUGCGAGCUCAAGUCCUAUAUGGUGGCUAAUAGAAGGCCCUGGAACUGUGACACAUAAUUUUGCUGUUGAUUUUUGCGAGAUAAAAUUGAAAAUGAUUAUCCACAAUUCCUCCAACGUCACUACAUCUGUUCACAUCAGCACAUUUGACUCAGCCCCCAAUAUCAAUUCGUCGAGUACUGGUGCUUCUGUUUCUUCUGUAAAUGAAGCAGGAUGGCGUGAUAUAUCUGUGCUUAACGACAUUAAAUUUACAUCUGAUGUCGCUGGAAGUCAUGCUGGGAAGUUGCUCUCACCAUUACCCGUUCCUCCUUUCAUUUGGUCUGGUACAAGUUCCAAUCGUGUCACACUCGAGCCACUGUCUUCUGCUGAAGUGGCUCUCCACAUUUGUGUCUUCUCUCCUGGGACAUAUGAUGUAUCAAACUACUCUCUGCACUGGAGUCUUUUAAGCUCUGGUGUAGAAGACAAAGGGCCUGGUUUGAGACUGUCAUCCGGGACAUGCCAAGGUCAUCCAUACCACGUAACAGUGUUGCAGCAGGAUUGAGCCUUUUGCGGCGAGUUCCCACAGAAACAUAGUAUGAGAGUUUCUGCAGAGUUCCAUACCUUUGUAAAAUAUAAAUUCAUUGCGUUGUGUAACUACAUAGGGGUACAACAGAGACGAAAACAAUUUGCCCACCGAGCAAACGGUAGGCGGUGGAAUCUUCAUAAUCUGUGAAUUGUGUUUCAGAGCGGGAAUUUCAUUUUGUUAGUUAUAGGUAACCAACCACACGACAAUAAUUCCCUGUAUUUAUAUGAAAUUCUUUUACAGGAAAUUGAUGUUAUUUUUCCUCCC